AUGUCCGGAACAUCAACAUCUCUGUUCGCUGGUGAUGCGUCAUUCGCCUUUGAGAACACGGCCCUAACAUCGGCUAUGCAAGUUGUUGUUCAGGCUACUAGAGUUUCCGAUGACGCUCGAAGUUUCGCCAACAGCGCUGCUGCAGCUGCCAGAGUCGAAGAAGUCCUUACUACGAAGGCCAAAGUCGCUCUGAACGCGCUCAUCAAUUUCAUUUCAGAAUUUGGCAAAGACCUCAAGAAGCUUGGUUUGACCAUUGAAGACCUCGGCAUCAACCCUUGCACUUGGCCUGCUACCAAGUCGCCCCCCUCCAAGAAUAGGAAGGUCGCCGAUGCCACCACUACUACCGCUUCCACCGAGGGUCUCUCCAACUUUCCUCUUGAGAUGAUUGGCGAGAUUGGCAGUCAUCUGGACAUCACAGACUUGAGCAAAGUACGUUUGAUCAACAAGCGCUUCAAGAAAGCAGUGGAUGUUGUGUACGUUCGAACAAUCACCUUGGUGAGCGAGGGACCGGCGGCCCCGGAGUACAGCUACAGCUACCUUUGGAGAUACUUCGACAAGGUCGAGAUCCCCGGCAUGCCAGAGCGAACCUACGAGCAGUGGUCCGACGAUGCAGACAUAUUGGAGUACGCCGACAACGCGCACGAACGCUGGAACCGGAUCAACGACGCAUUCUGUCACACUGGCAGAUACCGUACUAUGCUCAGCCUCCUACUCGCCAAGCUGCCCAACUUGAAGACGAUUCGGACUCGGAAGAUGUACACCGGCGAGCACAUCCCUGGUUGGCGCGGCCCGGAGGCUUUGCGUGAGCUGUCGUGGUACCACCCAGACAACAAGAUCAACGAGGUUUACUACGGCAAUUGGAAGUACGACGAGGUACACAAGCGUGUCACAAUGUGGACAGACAUGUACGGCGAAUACUUCGAGGAUGACGAUGUGGGUCCUCAGGUGGGGUUCAAAGAGGAUCUGGCCGCCGCCAUGGCAUUGUCUGGCACUCAGGCUCAGGUUGUUGAGCAGUAA